UGCGUACCUUUACCGGAAGUUUCACUGAGGACUACAUGCUUUGAGCCGGGAGGCUAGCUAGUGUUAGCGUGCUAAAAUUGACAUUAUUCUUUAUCUGUCGCAGUCUUUCUCUUGGGGAAGAAAUGCAUUCGGUAAACGGAAAAGCGGAUGUUAAGUUUGAGGACGAUGAUUUGCCUUAUGAAGAGGAGAUCAUCAGGAAUCCGUAUUCAGUCAAGUGCUGGAUGCGUUACAUUGAAUUCAAACAGAAUGGAGCCAAAACCACCCUCAACAUGAUCUAUGAGCGGGCUCUGAAAGAGCUACCUGGCAGCUAUAAGUUGUGGUACAAUUACCUGAGAGAGAGACGGAAACAAGUUAAAGGAAAAUGCAUCACUGAACCAUCUUUUGAAGAGGUCAAUAAUUGCCACGAAAGGGCGCUGGUGUUCAUGCAUAAGAUGCCCAGGAUAUGGCUCGAUUACUGCCAGUUCCUCGUGUCUCAAUGCAAGAUCACAAGAAGUCGGCGCACAUUCGACCGUGCGCUCAGAGCUCUCCCUGUGACUCAGCACCCUCGCAUCUGGCCCCUGUAUCUCCGCUUUGUCCGUAACCUGCCCCUGCCUGAGACAGCCAUCCGGGUGUACCGCAGGUACCUCAAGCUUUCUCCAGAGAAUGCAGAGGAAUACAUAGACUACUUACGAUCUGUCGGACGCUUGGAUGAAGCAGCUGUGCGACUGGCAGCUAUUGUCAAUGAUGAAAGCUUUGUAUCUAAAGAGGGCAAGUCUAACUACCAACUGUGGCAUGAGCUUUGCGACCUGAUCUCCCAGAAUCCCGACAAGGUCACCUCUUUGAACGUAGGAGCCAUCAUCCGAGGAGGCCUGACCCGCUUCACAGACCAACUUGGAAAACUCUGGUGCUCCUUAGCCGACUAUUACAUCAGGAGUGGUCACUUUGAGAAGGCACGUGAUGUGUAUGAGGAGGCCAUUCUGACAGUGGUGACAGUGAGGGAUUUCACACAAGUGUUUGAUAGUUACGCUCAGUUUGAGGAGAGCAUGAUAGCUGCCAAGAUGGAGACCACUGCAGAGAUGGGGCAGGAUGAAGAAGACGACAUAGACAUGGAGCUUAGACUGGCCCGAUUUGAGCAGCUGAUAGCUCGACGCCCUCUCUUGCUGAAUAGUGUGCUACUGAGACAGAACCCCCAUAAUGUUCAUGAAUGGCACAAGCGAGUGAAGCUGUACGAGGGAACUCCACGGCAGAUCAUCAACACAUACACAGAGGCAGUGCAGACUGUGGAUCCAUUGAAGGCCACGGGGAAGCCGCACUCUCUCUGGGUUUCCUUUGCUAAGUUCUAUGAGGAAAAUGAGCAGCUGGACGAUGCAAGAACAAUCUUUGAGAAGGCUACCAAGGUGAACUACAAGCAGGUAGAUGAUCUUGCUGCAGUGUGGUGUGAAUACGGAGAGAUGGAGCUCCGCCACGAGAACUACGAACAGGCUCUACGCAUACUGAGGAAAGCUACAGCCAUUCCAUCCAAGAAGGCAGAGUACUUUGAUGCCUCUGAACCAGUCCAGAACAGAGUCUACAAGUCUUUGAAGGUCUGGUCCAUGCUGGCAGACUUGGAGGAAAGUCUCGGCACUUUCCAGUCUACGAAAGCGGUGUAUGAUCGCAUUAUUGACCUGCGCAUCGCCACUCCACAGAUCAUCAUCAAUUAUGCCAUGUUCCUUGAAGAGCACAACUACUUUGAAGAAAGCUUUAAAGCUUAUGAGCGUGGUAUCGCUCUCUUCAGGUGGCCCAACGUUUAUGACAUCUGGAACACGUACCUCACAAAGUUCAUUGACCGCUAUGGGGGCAAGAAGUUGGAGCGUGCCAGAGAUUUAUUUGAGCAAGCGCUGGAUGGCUGCCCUGCCAAGUUUGCCAAGACUAUUUAUCUGCUGUAUGCCAAACUGGAGGAGGAGUACGGACUGGCGCGGCACGCCAUGGCCGUCUACGAGAGAGCUACGCAAGCAGUGGAAACCGACGAGAGACAUCACAUGUUCAAUAUCUACAUUAAGAGAGCAGCGGAAAUUUAUGGAGUCACAUAUACCCGAGCGAUUUACCAGAAGGCUAUUGAGGUCCUUCCCGAUGAGCAUGCAAGGGACAUGUGUCUCCGAUUUGCGGACAUGGAGAGUAAACUGGGUGAGAUUGAUCGGGCCAGAGCGAUCUACUCCUACUGCUCUCAGAUCUGCGACCCAAGGGUGACGGCUACUUUCUGGCAGACCUGGAAAGAAUUUGAGAUCCGCCACGGAAACGAAGACACCAUUAGAGAGAUGUUGAGGAUCAAACGCAGCGUCCAGGCUACGUACAACACCCAGGUCAACUUCAUGUCGUCUCAGAUGCUGAAGGCCACGACAAGCUCUACAGGAACUGUGUCAGACCUUGCUCCUGGCCAGAUGGGAAUUGAUGACAUGAAGAUGUUGGAGCAGAAAGCACAACAGCUUGCUGCGGAAGCUGAGCAGGACAAACCCAAGCCCAAAGAGAAGAUCCUGUUUGUCAGGAGCGACACUUCUCGCAGUGAGCUGGCUGAGCUCUCCAAGCAAGCCAAUCCAGAUGAGAUCAACAUUGAUGAUGAGGAUGAAGAUGAGGAUGAAGACCAAGGUCCAGAUGAGGUGCAACUCGAACAGAAGAGCGUCCCCACAGCUGUCUUUGGAGGGCUUAAAGACGACUGAGGAAUAACUCACUCACUGAAUCUUACAGACUUUUGAAUUAUCUUGUAAUCAUUCAGCGGACACCAAUGACUCCAUUUUGUAAUUUGUGUAAAUGUCCAGUUGUGUCCACUUUAUGUUAACAGGAUGCGACAAAUGAAAACUAGUCAGAAUGUCAGUACUAGAGCCAACUCUGUAUUUUCCUUGUGGGUUUUUUGUAGUUCCACAUACAAAGGCAAUUGUUAAUGUUGGCCACAUGGUGUCAGUCUUUCUCAAUUAUGAAGAUCAAGAUAAUUGCGAUAUUGAGCUGUUUUCUCCGCCUGUUAUGAAAUACUAAUGUUUAGUCGCCUGAAAACUGUAACUGAAGCCUUUUGUAGUAUGACUUUAUUUCCAACAACAUUUUGUAAGAGAUUUAAGAUUAACUGAAUUUUGUAGGUCUAAUGAAGACCUUUAUUUAGAGAUCCUGCUUUGAAUGGAUGCUCUUCCAUGGAAAGGAAGGGGAGGGGCAUAUUUUCUUUAACACGGAACAUUUAUUUGUAAGUGGAGCUUUCAAGCUUGGGAUUGUUGGCUUUUGGAUCACAAUUAUGUGGGAGUCUUGCAAAGCCCAGUACUUUUGAAAAAGUUUCAUAACUUCUAGUAGAAUGUCACAAUCCAGAUGUAAUAUCCAUGCUCUACUUGUGCAUGUACCUGCUUUACAGUCUGUACAAAUGUUAAAAUCCAUUUUUUUGUUUGUUUGUUUUUUUGAAAGAUUACUCGGCGCAUUUAUCCUUAUCUAGGUUGUAGUUUUUCAUAUAUUUUUCCUGGUGCCACACUGAAAACCAAAACAAUGUUUGUGAAUUUCCUGCACACAUUUUUGGCUGUGACGAGCUGGUCGGAAACUUUCUUUCGGUGUUUUAGCAAUGCAGUUGAAGUAGGAACUGAUUUAUACUUGUAUAAAAUGGUGACUGUCA